AUGGGAAGGAUUCUGAAAGGCGGACAUUGGAAAGUAAACAAGGUGCAACUCACAACAUGGCUCCCGACUACUUAUUACUACAUCUUUUUUGGCUCCUUGGGGUCUCUUUUUCCUUUCCUGAACUUGUACUAUCGAGCUGUUGGAAUGGACCCUUGGCAGAUAGGAAUCCUGGGAGGAAUUCGUCCCCUCAUUGCCUUACUUUGUGCUCCAAUGUGGAGCUUUGUGUCUAAUAGGUAUAAAAUGAGAAAACUUGUACUAGUCACUUCGCUUGUGAGUUGGAUUGUGUUCACCAUCCCGCUGAUGUUUGUUUCUCAUUCGUCAGCCAACGAGCCUUGCUUUAAUCAAGGAAAUUACACCGCUCAACUCAGCUCGAAACAUGAAGAUUUCCUGCCCGGUCAGGAAAAAAGGGAAUUCGAUCUACCAGUCAGUAUUUCGCUCGCGAAAGAACAACAUACAGUUUAUGAGAAGAAAAAUACUCGCUACUCUCAAAAAUACGUUGCAACUGGAAAGGCUCCCAAAGGAAAUAUCAAAAAUGAUGUAGAGGGAAAAGAAACAUCGCACCAUUCACGAUUUUAUUCUUUGAAAAGGCAAUUUUUUAAUAGUUUGGAAAUGUCGGGACUAAAAUUUGAGGCUAGCACUGAUAGUAAAGGCGGAAACGGUCAGCGAAAACCGUAUGACUUUAAAUCUCGAGGAGUACCAUAUUACAACAGGAGAAAGAACCCGUACUCCAGUAUAAUAUUCAACGAGAUGCUUUUUAUCGUGUUUGUAGGAGAAAUACUUCAAUCGCCUACGGAUGAUCUUAACACUCAUUUUGAUGGGACAUUCUUGGAGCAUUUAGGUGUGCUUUACCAAAACGUAGCCAACAACAAUAUCUAUAGUUCGGUUGGUAUUGGACUUGUAGCUUUGAUCACAGGUUUAUUGCUUCAUUUUGCCCCUAAAAUAACAAUUUGUGACGUUGAAUAUGCAAAUUACCAGAUAGCCUUCAUCAUCUUUUCUCUACUUAUGGCGGUUGCCAUAGCAAUUUCGCUCAAAUUUGAUUUCUCCUACAGAAGGUGCCGUCGCGGCUUUGAAAUCCAAGAGUCACUGCGGCUGCUGGUGUCAUCAGAACACAUCACCUUUGUUUUCAUCGUUUUGAUCAUGGGAAUGCUCCGAGGGGUUCUCUUUAACUUUGUUUACUGGAAUAUAGUGGAUAUUGGAGGCUCGGAUCUCGUUGUGGGCUUCACGGUUGUCAGUCAGUAUUUUUCGGAUGCGAUCAUGACUCUGUCCGCGCCGAUUGUUAUGACCUACAUGGGAUAUAUCGGUAUGGUGUAUCUUGGUCUUUCAUCCUAUGCUCUACGAUUCUUGAUUUACUCUUGGCUUAGCACCCCUCGCUCCUCGUGGGUUACCCCACCGGUUGAGCUUCUGCAGGGAAUCUCCAAUUCUACGGCCUGGUCAGCAUUCCUCUUGUACAUCACGAACUACACUCCAACAUCGACCUUUCCAACAGGUUUAUUUCUUCUUCAGGGGUUGUAUUUAGGGGUGGGGGGAAGCAUUGGAGGAAUAUUCGGGGGGAUAUUAAUCCAGGGUUUUGAUACUAAUGUGGCCUUCCGAAUCCUGGGACUCGUUAGUAUACUGACGUGUUUGUUAUUUAUGAUGAUCCAGCCGUCUGGGGAACAAGAGAGUCUUCCUUCAGAAGCUGACACCAUCUUCUUUCUCGCCGAUGAAGAUGAUUAUUCCAGCAACAGUGAGGAUGAGGUAUUCGAUUACAGUCAAAGAGGAGUCGUUUACAUUCCUUCCAAAGAGCAAACUAAAGGAUCGCUGCAAGUAAAGAAAAUGGUUUUGCCUUCCUACAGUUCUCCUUUGGUGCCAAUUUGUAUGUCACUAGUUAGGAAAGAAGACAAACAGUUACAAACUACGUAA